AAAAGAACAUGUCAAAAGCGAGUUGUCCUCCUAUGUCGGCGCCGCCGCCAUAUGCCCCACCCAGCUAUUUUCAAGCAGUUGGAGGUGUGCCUCCACGAGCACCCUUCACACCCUUCCAAAGUAAGGGAAGCAGGCAGGUACGUGGAACAACAGCUCAGUACAACAAAUCGGGUAGUGAGAGCAGACAAGAGGUGUAAGUGAGAGCUCACAUGGAACUUGGUGAUCUAAAACUUAAAGAUGGACUUAAAGUAAUCUUGUAAUCUAUGAAUUAUUUUAAUGUCUUUGAAGAAAAGUGUGGUGCAGAAAAUUUAAUUUAUGGUGUGAGAGAGUGAACACAAGGAAAUGAACAGUGAGAACAAAUACUUACUCAUAUAAGAAGUCUUCACUAUAGUGUUCUCUUAUACAGUAUUGUAUAAAUUUUGUUAUGGCGGUUGAAGACACACUACAAUACAGUACAUACCUGUUUAAAUGAAACACUGGAUCAAGUGUGAUUCAAAAUGUGAAUGAAAAAGUACUUUCGAUGUAUUACUGUAUUACGUAAAGGUUUCACAGUUGAUGGUUAAGGACAUGCAUUAAAGUGAUGGGGUUGCCCCGAGAGGGUAAAGGUGACGUAGACAGUGUCAGGACUAGAGUGUCUUGCAGUGGUGGCUCAAGUGGCAACCUGAUAGUCCCAAGGAGAGCAAGUGAGGGCUCCAGAAAUGAUGCUGAGGAUCCUCCGUUAUGGGCUUGGUACUCUCAGCCAAACAUUGGAGGACCAAAGGGAUCCCUCAUCGCCCCACUUGCAGCGCCUAAUACUCCCACGUCUUUUCCGCUUGAUUCGUCUUUUCACGAGGCAAUACGACAGCGGCUCUUUAACACUGGUGAGGUGCCUAUGGCCCCAUUGUAUGUUCCCUCAAGGGUUCACGUUGUUCAAGGGGUCCAGAUAGGAUCCUCAGUUACUCCUGCUGCGUACCCCACUUAUGGACAUGCUGGUGCUCCAACUGCUGUUGUGACAACAGUGGUCCCUCUAGGAUCUCAAUCUACCCAUAUGAUAUGUCCUCACUGCCACGCAGAUGUUGACACUGCUACUAAGUUGUCCCCGUCCAUGGUAGCUUGGUUGUCUGGAUUCAUCAUCUGUAUUCUUGGGGGUGUGAUGGGCUGCUGCCUGGUUCCCUGCUGUAUUAAUGACUGCAUGAAUGUUGAACACAGUUGUCCCAACUGUCAUGCCUUUCUGGGGAAAUACAAUAGAGGAUAAAGAGGAGACAGCUCACUUGCACUCUCCUAUUCACUUGUCUUCUCUUAACAAAUAGUAGCUAUUACUUUAAGAGUGGAUGGCAUAUAUGGGAAAACCACACACACACACACACACAAACACUACUUCAGAAACAUAAGAGGUACCUCUCGAUGCCAUUCAGUGAAACUUGAUCCAUUUUUUGUGUAGCUUUGUGUGAGGACAAAGUUUAACUUGUUUUGAAAUGUUAACAGCUUUCACUUGCUGACAACAGUCACUGAAACAUUGAUUUAAUUUGUGAAAUCAUUAGAAUAAUUUGUGUUGGAUUUUAUCUUGGGAAAACUGAAGGAUAAAAUAUAUUUCAAUGAGAUGUCAGUAAAGAAACAAAUUGGAUUACAGAAGGAAGUAGCCGUAGGCUUCACAGCGUUUGCAGACUUUUGUUAUUUCAGUAUAUGGACUUAUGUAUAAAUUAUACCAGUAAUUCUUUAGUGCUACAGUUCAGAUUAGUUGGAAGACAAGAAGUUGGCAAAAUUGAAGAUAAUAUUAAAUAUAUUUUUAUAAUUGACAACUAGUGGUACUAGUUCCUGACCAAAUUAUGAGAAGUAGCACAGUCUUUUGGACUUACUGAAACUUCUGGCAGCCAGCCACUGAUAGCUAUUAGCUACAAUUAAUAUUUUUAUAAAAUAUGAAUAUGAGAAAACCGUAACUCCUUACAUAAAGAGUUUGUGUACUGACCAUCACACUUUUUAUUUCACUCAAAAAUAGAAAAAAAAUAUCUUAUAUUACAGUGAAAGGAAGAACCUGUAACAGUAUAUUUCCAUCAACACUUAUUAAUUUUAUAGUCCACAAUAAUCCAAUGAAUCAAUUGAACACCACGUAUGUGGAAUGUCUGAAAACAAAAUGGUAAUAUUAAUUUUGAUACUUUCUAAUUUCAUUUCAAAUUGGGUGGAUAUGAAAUAAGUUUGUCCAUCCAGGCUCUCAGAGCUUAGGGUAAUUUUUCCAUUUUUUUUCAUUUAAA